AUGGAUUGGUUAUUUGGGAAAACUCCAACUGUUAAAGAACAACAGAGGCAAAAUGAUCGUGAGUUACGCAAAGCAGCUAGAGAUAUAGACAGAGAUAAAGCGAAUUUAGAAAGGGAAGAGAAAAAGCUGGAGUUGGAGAUAAAAAAAAUGGCAAAGGAAGGCAACAACGAUGGAUGUAAGAUUUUAGCAAAGCAAUUAGUUCAAUUAAGAAAUCAGAAAGCUAGAAUGUAUAACGCCAAUAGUAAGAUUACAAAUGUGCAGAUGCACAAUAAAGCAAUGACGUCCAACAUAGCUAUUGCCAAUGCAAUGGGUACAACUGCUCAGACCAUGGGUAACAUGAACAAGAUAAUGAACCCACACCAGAUCGCCAAGGAUAUGGAGGCCUUCAAACAAGCUAACGCCAAAAUGGAUAUGACUGAUGAAAUGAUUUCAGAUACUCUGGACGACAUAAUGGCCGAGUCUGGCGAUGAAGAAGAGUCUGAAGGCAUUGUUAACAAGGUUCUCGACGAGAUUGGCAUCGAAAUUAGUGGCAAGAUGGCCGACGCACCAUCAGUGUCGCGUAACAAGAUCGGGGCAACUACUACAGAUGCGGAUAAGGAGCUGAUGGCACAACUAGCUAAGCUUAAGUCAUAA